AUGAGCACAUUGUUAAAUCCAUUGUAUAAGUUAUUGGCGAAAGGUAGCAAAUGGUGUUGGAAUAGGGAUUGCGAGCGGGCAUUUGAAGCGGUUAAAGAGAAGCUGGUUAGCGGGCCCGCGCUCGCGCACUACUCGCCUACGUUACCGCUGGUACUCGCCGUAGACAGCAGCGCAUACGGUCUGGGCGCCGUGCUGGCGCAUCGCAUGCCCGACGGCAGCGAGCGAAUCGUUAGCUGCGCUUCGCGCACACUCACUGAUGCGGAGCGGCGCUACAGCCAGAUCGACAAAGAAGCAUUGGCGAUAGUUUACGGGGUAAGCAGACACCAUCAAUAUUUGUUUGGACGUAAAUUUACUCUUCGGAGCGAUCACAAGGCACUCACAUACAUCUUCGGACCGAAACACGGCAUACCACAAACGGCGGCUAGUCGACUGCAGAGGUAUGCUGUUCGUCUGGCGGCAUACGACUUCGACAUCGUCUUUGUAUCGACAGAUAAAAAUGGCAAUGCCGAUGGCUUGUCCCGUCUACCUCAGCCAGCGUCCAGUAAGUCGAGGGAGGAGGACGACGCCGCGACUUACUUACAUUUCGUAGAAGACAGUUUCCCUCUUAGCCACAGGGACGUGGCAAAAGAUACGGCGAAAGAUGUCAUAUUAAGAAAGAUAUAUGGAUAUAUCGUGAGCGGUUGGCCACACCAGACCGAAAUUGAAGGCGAGAAGCCAUAUUUUCAUCGUAAAGAGGAGUUACACGUCGAUCAUGGAUGCAUUGUGUGGGGGUACCGGGUGGUCAUACCGGGUACUUUGCGCAAACAAAUAGUGGAGGAGGUCCACGCAGGCCACAUGGGCAUGGUGAGAAUGAAGCAAAUUGCUCGCGGCUACGUGUGGUGGCCGCGACUCGACGCGGAGCUGGAGGAACGCGCACGCACGUGCGCCGUGUGCCGCGAUCAGAGGGACGCGCCGCCACGCGCCACGCCCGUGCCCUAUGCAUGGCCCUCGGAACCGUGGACCCGUUUACACGCGGACUUCCUACAACAUGGUGGUCGACAUUACUUACUCGUCAUCGACGCUCAUUCUAAGUGGAUCGAGAUAUUCCAUAUGAGUGGCGGGACAUCUGCGUCUUCGGUGGAAAAUAAAUUCAGAGAAUUAUUCGCUAGAUUUGGUCUUCCUAGACAAAUGGUUACGGAUGGAGGGCCACCUUUCACUUCUCGUGAAUUUGAGGAGUUUUUGAAGAAAAAUUGUGUAGACCAUAUCGUGACGGCACCGUACCAUCCGUCAAGCAAUGGGGCGGCAGAAAAUGCAGUGAAGACCGUGAAAAAGGUCAUCAAGAAAGCUCAAUUAGAGGGCGAAAAUAUCGAUCGCGCGUUAAGCAAAUUUUUAAUGCAGUAUCGCAACAGUACACACUGCAGCACGCAACGCGAACCUGCUGUGGCCAUGAUCGGACGGAGGCUGCGCACGCGUCUGGAUCUGCUGCGGCCUGCUGCCGCCACCGGCGAGGCCGUGGCGCGCGCGCAAAGCAAGCAGCGGCAGCACGCGGGGGGAAGCGCGCGCGUCCUCGCUGUCGGCGACGCCGUACUCGUUAAGAAUUACGGGAGAGGAGAUAAAUGGAUGGAGGGCAUAGUGACAGAACGCACGGGCAAGGUUACCUAUGCGGUUAAUACAGGUGAUAAGAUAAAUACCCGCCAUAUUGAUCAAAUAAUUCCUAAGAAAAAUUCUCGUCACUCUUGGCAUGUUCCUAUUCAAAAUGAAACGAAUGAAGAUAGUGAGCGUUCGAACGUACAGGUGGACGACAUUGCUGAAACGGGAGUACCAGGGGCAUCAAUGUUGUUCCUAUUCGACAUCAUCCGCAUGAAAUUCCAUACAUUUUAA